CUCCUCUUCUCUCUGACAUGCGCACUCCCUCCGUGCUGGUCCAACCGCCGGCAAAGACGACACACAACAACAACACACGAUUCAAAUAUUUGUGUGGCGAGAACAGACGACAUGAGAGCGGCAGACAGAAAAACCCUGCCAGGACCACCUAAAAAUUGACUGACCCUUACAUUAAAUUGGAUGUAAGUUGACCAGACAACCCAGAAUCUCAUUUGGAAUAUUGGAUUACAACAAACGAAUUGGAUUAAUUUUGGAUUUACCUAAGGAACGGAAAUAAUAUACCAGCGGAAAUAUAUAUUUGGAAUUAUACAGAUAAAAGUGUAUAUAAAAAUCUAUAUACACACACACACACUUGGAACUGUAUAUAAAUCUCCACUUAGGCAUAUACAGCCUCUAGUUUAAAAAGAGAGAGUGAGUCAUACUGAGAUUCAAGGAUUUUAUACAAUAGAAUGAUCUCCUGUCUCUCUCUUUGAACCAUGAUACUUACAGAUCAGGUGUCCCCUGUUGUCCGGCUGUCUUCGUCAUGAUGAAGUCGUUAGCAAAGAUUCAGUCUGUCAUCGUCAUCAGAUAGUUUUACCUCAUCUCGCCUCUUGCCCAUUGUCCAUUGUCUCUGAGAGAAUGGACUGGGCGUUGCUGGUUUUACGACGAUGGCAAAGUUUGGCUGACCGUAACACAACCCAAUAAAGGGUCACGCAAACGGGCUCACAAACAAACAAAAAAUAAGAGAAAAAACCCUAAAUAAAAAGUGGAAAAAAACUACAGGAAAAACAAGUUAAAAAAAUUAUAUAUAUAAAAAAUUAAUUAACUGUGGAACAAUUAGUGACUCCCCCUCUUCCCCCCAAUAUUACUCCGGAACAACAAGAAAACCCCUUUACGAAAAUCUCAACAACAGAAAUAACAUUUUUUAACCAUGCCUCCAAAGCAGGGCUCACUUCCACAGAAGCUGUCUUGCCGAUAACUGAGGAUAAAGUUGGCCAGAAGGUUCUUACCAUGAAGAAGCAAGAGAAAGGGCCCUCCAAGAUGUUUGUAGUCAGCAGCAACAGUACCACCACCACCACCACGACAAUGACGACAGCCACCGAAACGGUGGCACCGAUGCGAUCGAAAUCUGAGAACUCCGGACUUAGCACCAUCUCUACAUCCACACCGUCCUCAAGAAAAAUAAUGGGUGCCCCACUCAGUAAACAAUAUCUGAGCAAAAGCCACGAAAACCUCACCACCCACCAACAGCAGAAGAAGAAGAAGCAGCUUUCUCUGUUACCGGACAGACCAAAGGUAAACAGCGGUGGGACCGGCGUUAGCAAGACGAGCAGCAACAAGGAGAAUGUCCUCAAAGAGAAGGAGAAGAAUGUGGUGUUUGCGAAACCGGCCCCGACUGGGACUUCGGCAACAAUCACCACAUCGUCAACGACAGCAGCUACGACGACGACGACAUCUUCGUCGUCAACGACGACCAAAGGUGGACGGACUGCCACAGGUGUAAAUUCAACCAUCCGCAAAGCAUCGAGUACCCAGAACAUUGAUAAAACUGGCAAAGGCGUUUUCACGACGGGGUCGGCGGGUUUACACUCCAGUGGCAAGACCCACUCUUCGAUGAAGCGGGCACACAGUUCACAAAGCAUGACCAAAGAUAAGACGGUACGUAAGAGGACUUCGGCACCGGCUGAUGUGAUGGCGUACAAUGCCGAGCUGCUUGCCAAUUUUGAGCGUGAGAAAAAGGCCCUGGAAAACCGCAUUUCAGAAUUGAUCCAGAUCACUGAAGGGCGGAAAGCAGAGAUUGAGAGGCACAAGUACGAGAUAAGGAAUCUUAAAGAACAAAUCCCAUCUCAGGAUCUUCGAGAGGAAUGUGAGUUGCUUAGGAAUCAGAACAAAGUUCUUCAAGAACGCUUAAAGGAAUUUGGUAUCUCUAUUGAGCAACUCCCCGAUGCUGAGAAAAUUUCCAUGCCAAAGAAGACCCCAAGUCCACCAUCGUCAAACCAAAGUGAACCUGCUAGCAAAGUGAUGCCGUCAAGCAUAAGUUGUGAUAAUCUAUCCAAUUUUGACUCUCUGCGAGAACCUUGUCCGAGGCGUUACGACUAUCCCAUGUCCGAACCGGGCUUGACGUUGGAUGACCUGUGUGGCACACCAGAACACCCCUCGGAGCUGUCGCUGGACAAUGUCGGCUGGGACAAACAGAGCAACAAAAGCAGCGACGCAAUGAGUGAGGUGUCGGUGGCGUGCCUCACGGAGCGGAUCCUUCAGAUGGAAGAGACUCAUUACAGCACUAACGAGGAACUGCAGGCAACAUUGCAGGAACUUAGCGAUCUCCAGGACAUGGUGAACGAAUUGACUGAGGAUAACGAGAAGCUUGCAGACGAACGAGGCGUCGUGCUUGAGUCGCUGUGCACGCAGACUGAGAAGCUGGAGCACUGUCGCACCCAGCUGGAGCACCUGAAGUCAUUAUUGAUCAACAGCAGUCUGAUAAACAGCACAGAGCGAGAACAACAAAUGAUUGAUUUGCUCAAGAGUGCAUCGAUCGAGCGAGAAGAGAUGCUGCGCAAACAGGACGAGUAUUCGAAUGAGCUCCAGAUGGCCAUCACCGAGAACCGAGAGGCACAGGAACUUGUGAGUGCCCUUCGGGACAAAACACAGCUGCUCCAGGGUGAGGUGGAUACAUUGACCGAAGAGAAAGAGAACUCGGAGAAACUGAUUUCCGAGAUGAAGCAGUCACUGUCAGACGACAGGAUUGAGAUGACCCGGUACAAGACCAUGCUGGAAUGCGAGCGGUCAAAGGUCGAAAAGCUGGAGCAAAUGCAGUUGGCUCAGGACAACAAGUCUGACCUUGAACAGCUGCUGUUGACCACUCGGAAGGAGAAGGAUGAGAUGGAGAUGAAGGUGACCAACCUGACAGAAGAGAUUUUGCUGUUGCAACGAGAGAUGGAAAAAGUGCGCGGGACCCUGAUGGCACGUGAGGAAGAGGUGAGGGGCCUCAAGUCAAACUCCAAAACAAGGAUCUCUGAACUGGAGCUGAAGGUAGACGCAAUGCAAAAGGAACGGGUAGACAUUCAGCAGGAAGAGGAAACACUGCGGGACCACAUUGAACAGCUGGAACAGGACUGUGACCGUUACCGUGACGAUGUGAAGAGGUGCAAUGCAAAGAUCCAAGAACUGCAACAGGAAAUCAAAGACCUGCUUCGGCAGAAGUCGGUCGUGGAGUCAGAACUGCAUGACGUCCAUCACCGACACGAAGAGGAAUCCGAGGAAUGGAAGCAGUUCCAGAAAGACCUGCAGGUGGCAGUGGUCAUUGCUAAUGAUUUCCGGACAGAGACCCAGGAGGAUAUGGAACGGCUGGUCUGUGAGAAUGCGUCAAUGCGGGAGAAACUGAAGUCGUUGCAGAGUCAGCUGAGCAAAGCAAAGGAUGAGCUGGACAGCGUGAAACUCCGCUCCUGGGACGAACGGUCAUCAAAGCCAAUCUUCUCGCCUGCUGAGCUAAAAGGUAAAAUGCUUAGCUCAGUCGAUCGGGAGUUGAUUGCGCUGCGAGAAGGCCGACGUAUGGACAGCAAGAACCAAACGAUGUCUGUGAAGAACCUGAUCCGGUCAAUCGAGGAUCAAGUGAAGAGUGGCAACUCAUCGAUCCACUCGAGCGAGAACAGCUCUCGUCGCAGCUCAUUGGAGCUUGUGUGCUGCCCCCUGUCCCCAUCCAACAGUGACCUCACUGAUGCCAAGUCCCCGUCGACGCCCACUGAUCUGUCACCCCAGGGGUCGUCGGAACUGCCACUGAGGUCUGUCUUGAAGCGACCUGCUGCUGAGAAGCUAUCACCCCUGCAACCGCUCGGCACGACGUUUGAGAAAGGCAAGGAAUUGAAACCGGUUCAGCAGAACAACCGAAAUGAGUCUGAACAUUCGAAAGUGUCACCGUCCAUCUCGUCUAUCUUGUCGUCCCGGAGCAGCAGUAGGCGCAAUAGUGGAAUCUGCUGUACAGAAUUGGAACGUAAAGAGGCAGCAGCUAAAGACCCUUUGGUAGGACUUGCCAGACAAAUGGGAGGAUCCAAGCGGAAUGCCUUACUCAAAUGGUGCCAACAGAAGACGCUCAGCUAUAAUGGUGUUGACAUCACCAACUUCAGCAGCAGCUGGAAUGAUGGACUGGCAUUCUGUGCCCUUAUACAUAGUUACCUUCCUGAAAAGAUGCCUUAUGAUGAACUGACCUCAGAAGACAAGCGGAGAAACUUCACGUUGUCCUUUGCUGCGGCCGAGUCUGUUGGGAUUACAUCAAAUCUUAAUAUCAACGACAUGGUCGCUAUGGAACGUCCCGACUGGCAAGCUGUGAUAGCUUACGUAACAGCAAUUUACAAACAUUUUGAAGUCGAUGGGAAAUCAUAACCAACAACACAUCUUCGUUGAUGGACGAUGCCGGGUUCUCUAUAUGGGGACAUGGACACACCCCUAUAUACACACACACAGACAUAUAUACACGUGUGCGUUGGGGGGGAGGGUCGGUAUAUGAUAAAUUUCUGACACGGGUGUAUGUUGGUAUGAGUAUAUGUAUGUGUGUGUGUGUGUGUGUGUGUGUGAAAGGUUGCUGCAGUAUGGUCUGGGGAGUGGCCCAGUGAAAUACUACUACCACCACUACUACUAUAUGAACUGUGUAAAGAGAAGAUACCCUGGACACCCCAAUCAACAGAACUACCCUGGGACUCCCAGCACCCACCCACCCCCACUGACUUUCUCUUAGCGAAAUGAAGACAUUUACUCUCAGUCGUGGAUUGCCAUAUGUGGAUACACACACAUUUGUAUAUGUGUAUAUAUAUAUUCAUGGGUGUGAGUAUAUAUGAAUAUAUGUAUAUUCAUAUAUACACACACGUGUGUGUGUAUAUAUAUAUAUAUAUAUAUAUAUAUAUAUAUAUAUACACAUAUGGCUCAGUAAGCCAUUGCAGCUGACCAACUGUGACACAAAUUUCCAGACAGCAAAGUAAACCCUAGCAUCUCUAGUGUCCUAUCCCAGUUGCACUGAAGUGGACACAUCAUCAUCAUCAAUAUCAUCACCACCACAAUCAUCAUCAUAAUCAUCACCAUCAUUAUGACUUAUAGUUGCUGGUACGGUGGAGGGUGUCUCCUUUUUUUCCUUUUUUUUUCUUUUCUUUGUAUCUAAAAGGCACCCUUUACAGUCCUUUGCGGUAAGGGUUCAAAUCUUAUCCUAUGAUUUUGGAUUCUCUCUCCCCAUCUCUUCUCUCUCAGUUUAUGAAACGAAGCAUUAUGUUGUUCUUGUUGCUAUUGUUGUUGUUAUUUUAUAAAACCAUCCGCUUGCUGCACAAAAUGUUUUCUGCUCUUUCUUCCUGGAUCUUCUCAACCAAAAUUCUGAGUUCAAAUCCCACUCAGAUCAGCUUUUCCUCUCGUUCUUUUGCUGUUUAUGAAAUAAAGUACCAGCUGAGCACCUUCAAAAUUGUUAGGGCCUCUGCCGAAAUUUAGGGCAAAAUGCUUAGCAGCAGUCAGUCUUCACGUACUGAGUUCCCCUCCCCCACCCCAUCCCGAAAUUGCUGGCCUUGUGCCAAAAUUUGAAACCGUCAUCAUUAUUAUUAUUAAAUAUAUUCUGCCAAGGUGGACUUUGCCUUUCAUUCUUUCAGGGUGCAAUGAAUUAAAUAUCAGUCAUGUGCUGGGGGUUGAUGUCAUAAUCUAACUCCCUCCCCCAAAAUUGCAGCCCUUUUGCUUCGAAUAGAAAGGGUUAUUAUUCAUAGGUCGCAAGCUGGGUGAAAUGCUUAGCAAUAUCUCGGCUGUCUUCACGUUCUGAGUUCAAAUGCUGCUGG